CUCUGCCAGUGUCAGUUUCCGAGUCUGUAGCUGCUCCUUUUGCGUUCUGGGACCUGAGCCGAGUCUCCCGCUAAGGCGUUUUCCCUCUGCGGGCCGAGAGCCUCCGCUGGCUGGUACCACCCCCCCGUUCUGUGGCGCCCCACAUCUCGCCCAGCCCCGGCGCUCUUUCUGCAUUUUCUCAGCGGUGCUUUUAUCCGGGGCACGUUGUUUUCAUCUUUCCUUUUUGUUGCUCUAAAACCGGCCUCGCCGAAGCCCCCUACUGCGGAGGGAGUUCGACUUCUCGAGAAAGGCGCGGCUGCCACGGACGGCACGGGCCUCUCCUGCGGACUCGCAAGCCGGUGCGCCCACCCCGCCUGCCUCACCCGCUGCCUGCGUUCGUUCCCCGGGGGGAGCCAGCCGCCAGUUCAUUGAUGCACCCAUUCCAGUGGUGUAACGGGUGUUUCUGCGGCCUGGGACUGGUUAGUACUAACAAGUCCUGCUCAAUGCCACCCAUCAGUUUCCAAGACCUUCCCCUCAACAUCUACAUGGUCAUCUUUGGCACAGGCAUCUUUGUCUUCAUGCUUAGCCUCAUCUUCUGCUGCUAUUUCAUCAGCAAACUCCGGAACCAGGCACAGAGUGAACGAUACGGAUACAAGGAGGUGGUGCUUAAAGGCGAUGCCAAGAAGUUAGAAUUAUAUGGGCAGACCUGUGCAGUCUGUCUGGAAGACUUCAAGGGGAAAGAUGAGUUAGGCGUGCUCCCGUGCCAACAUGCUUUUCAUCGGAAGUGUCUGGUGAAGUGGCUGGAAGUACGCUGUGUCUGCCCUAUGUGUAACAAGCCCAUCACUGGUCCCUCAGAGGCCACUCAGAGCAUCGGGAUCCUAUUGGAUGAGCUGGUGUGAGUACUGCCUCUACACCAAGGCCUGGAGAAGACAUCUUGCCUCGUGGAUGCCUGCUCCCUCUGCAAUGAACAAUGACUGUUGGGUGGUAAUCAUUACGUGAAGGGGAGGUUGUGCAGGGCUGAUCUCCCACUAUCAGUAAGACCAGACUUGCACCACCUUCCUGCCUCCUGAAGUCUCCGUCCCUGCUACUCAGUAUUGAUAGUAUCACCCUUCAAGACCAAUGUCUCCUGGUACUGGAGUAUUUUCCUGCCUCGUCCCUGCUCUGGGGAAAGAAAUCCACCCCUAUCUGCCCAAGAACUUGGAGCAAACCCCUGAGGUUUCCCCUUAGCAGGACAAACUGCCCUAGAAGGGGUGAGAUGGGCUCUGCCUCGC